AUGGUCUUGACCAUAGAUUUAAUAAAGAAAAAAAAACAAGCUAGCAAAGUGUGGGUGGAAAAUUUUGCAAGAAGACAUCAACUUAGCUUACGUCAGCCGGAAAAGACGAGUGUAGCGCGCGCUGCUGGCUUUAACCGUGUUCAAGUGCAAAGAUUUUAUGACAACCUUAAAAUAGUCGUAACAAAAUAUAAAUUUGUCGGUAGACAAAUCUAUAACAUGGAUGAAACAGGUCUGCAGACAGUACCAAACAAAUUACCCAAAGUCUAUGCACAAAAAGGGAAAAAAGUUGUGGGAAAAAUAGUUUCUGCAGAACGAGGUCAAACUGUAACAGCUGUCUGCUGUAUGGGAGCUACUGGAUCAUUUGUUCCACCAGCACUGAUUUUUUCAAGAAAGCGCAAGAAUCCAGCCCUGAUGAUAGGAGCUCCAGACGAUUGUCUGCCGCUUGUAUCUGAUUCUGGAUACAUGAAUUCUGAUUUGUUUGUUCAGUGGCUGAACCACUUCAUUCAGAUGGUAAGACCAUCCAAAGAUGUUCCUGUCCUUCUCAUUUUGGAUAACCAUUCCUCUCAUUUGAGCUUACUUGCUAUUGAAUUAGCUAGUGAAAAUUGA